AUGUUGUAGUUGGUAGAGGAGUAUUGAAUUACACAGUGAUAGUGAAUGAAACAGCUUUUGAUUUCGUUUUUGGCAUAUUUCUAACAUUGUCAGGACCAAUUCAGAGUAUAUUUAGAUAUGACAGCGGUUCUAGAGAAAAGAAUUAUCAGGCUUCAUCACUUGCAAAUUUAGACAGACAAAACAAUUUCAUCGUAAUUCAAGAACAGAUCUUUCUUCGUGAUACAAUUCCUGUUCAACUGUUCAGUGACAAUUUGGCCAUUUUCAGUCUAAAUCUGAAUGCAGUGGUAUUUGGGAGUCUAGCAGACAGUAUGGAGGUACCCAUGGAUAUUGAUACUUCUUUGUUUGUUACAAUCACUAGGACGCCAGAUCAAUGUCAAGAUGUCACCUGCUUCAAUGGAGGAAUUUGCAGAGCAAUAAACACAAGUGGAGAACUCAAUUUCACAUGUGACUGUCGUCAUCCAGCAUACACAGGUCAAUUUUGUGAGACAUUAUUCGACCCAUGUGCUCUAAACCGUUGCCUUAACAAUGCCACCUGUGAGAACAUUGGCACUACAAACUACACGUGCAACUGCACAAUUGACUUCACUGGUGAGAAUUGUGAGAUUGAAAUAGAUCAGUGUACCUUAAACCAAGGAGUCUGUAACAAUGGCACGUGUAUCGAUGGAUUUGGUAUUUUCUCUUACGAUUGUAUCGAUGGAUUCAUUGGUGACUUUUGUGAAACUGAUAUUAAUAAAUGUGAGAGUGCUAGUCCCAGUUGUCAAAAUGGAGUGUGUAUAGAUGACAUCAACAGCUUCACAUGUGAUUGUUACCCAGGCUGGUCUGGUUACCUUUGCGAGAACGAUAUAGAUUAUUGCUCAUUUGGUCCUGCUCCAUUUGGUCCCUGCAGUGACUUUGGUAGCAGUGCGUGUAUCGAUGGAAACAUAACAUUUUCCUGUACUUGUUUGACAGGUUUCACAGGAUAUACGUGUGCUGUUGAUAUCAAUGAAUGUGAUGAGGCCCCUUGCUUAAGUAAUGCAACCUGUAACAACCUACUUAAUGGAGCCUACACUUGUGAUUGUACUCCAGACUACACAGGUCUUAACUGUGGUAUACCUUUGUUCCCAUGUAACGAUGUACCUUGCAUGAAUAAUGGUACUUGUAUCGAUGCUGGCCUUGGAAGUGGAGCUUUCUCUUGUGAAUGUGCUACUGGUUUCACAGGAGAUGCUUGUCAGACUGACCUCGAGUUUUGUACUGAUUCAACUUGUGUGAACAGUGGUGUUUGUGUAGAAGGUGUGGGAACAAUGACAACUUGUGAAUGUGUUGACGGAUUUUCCGGACAAAAUUGUGAGCUAGAUCUCCCAUUUUGUGACCAGGACUCUUGUCGCAAUGGUGGAGCAUGUGUUGAAGGUAUUGGUAUCCAUAUUUCCUGUAACUGUGCUGGCACCUAUCGUGGAAUUCAGUGUGAAACAGAAAUUUGUCUUGAGAAUAGCUGCAGCUUUAAUGGAAACUGUUCUGAAACCAAUGGUGAGCCUAUUAUGUGUGAGUGUAGUGAGGGCUUCAGUUGUCUGAGAUGUGACAUUGACCUUGAUUACUGUCAGCCAAAGACUUGUGCAAAUAAAGGCACUUGUAUCGAGGGAGAAGGAUCAAGAAUCAGUUGCAUUUGUUCGGACGGUUAUUCUGGGAACAUUUGCGAUCAGGACGACAGAGCUUUCUUUGCCUGUGCUGGUAAUAGUUGUGAGAACAAUGGAACCUGUGUAGAGGAAUUCGGCCCAACGUUUAGCUGUUCUUGCCUUGCUGGUUUUUUGGGUGGCCGUUGUGAAACUGAUUUAAAUUUUUGCGAAGCUACCUCCUGCUUUAAUAAUGGGAUAUGCAUCGAAGGAUUUGGACUAACAACCUUUUGUAACUGCUCCUUCGGUUUUAGUGGAAAUCAUUGUGAUAAUGAUGACAACUUUUGUGGUACAGAAUUGAGUGUUAACUGUACGAACAAUGGAAGCUGUAUUGAGGGCUUUGGAACUGAGACUAGCUGCGACUGCAUGGAUGGAUUCACUGGUGAUGUUUGUGAGAUUGAUAUUGAUUUCUGUGAGCCAGAUUCCUGCUUUAAUGGUGGUACAUGCAUUGAAGAAAUUGGCAUCCAAUUUUCUUACUCAUGUGCUGAUGGUUACAAUGGGGAUCGGUGCCAAACGGACGAUAAUUUUUGUGAUAAAGCACCCACUUAUCGAUGCCAAAAUGAUGGCACUUGUGUCGAAGGAAUUGGUUAUACAACACAUUGCGUAUGUCCAGAUGGUUUCAGUGGUGUUGACUGCAGACUAACCAGUGGUUCAGGACUAAAUUCUAUUGAUGUUACUCAAGAUUUGUGCAAUUUGGUUUUUGGAAUAUCAUGUACCAAAGCUACGAUUGGUGGUGUGGUUGCUAUAGCUAUUGGUGCUUUUUUUCUAAUAUUGUUUCUGACAACAUUAAUGCUACUAUUAGUAUAUUGUGGUGCAAACUGCGUCAAAAGAAGAGAACUUAUGAUGUGGCAGGAUCACCAGUGGUAGGAGGUGUCAUGAUAUCGAACCCAGUUUUUUGCAACAAUGAAGAUAAUUGAUGAACAGAAAACUUGACUCGUACACAAGCAACUAUGAACGUGUAGCACUCAAAAUAACUUCGAUGACUCAUAAUUAUAGCACACUUAAAUUAAUUAAUAUGACUUUCCAUGACUUAUUCUUCAUUUAAAAGGUUGAUUAACGAAACUUGCAGCUUGUGACAAAGGAAACCCGACUGCCAAGUAUAAUAUACACAGUGUAGUUAUAUAGAGACUUCACCUCGAGUGAUAGACUCUAGAACGUACAAUUUAAAUUUAAAUUUAACUUCGAUGACUCACAAUUAUAACAGUAAAGCACACAUAAUGUACUGGGUUCAGUUUUUAAGAUUCCCAAAAUAUGUGCAGUUCCAGAUUCUUGUUUGCAAACAAUAACGGACAGUUCAGCAUACAGCUAUUCCACAAGGGAAAACAUUGUUUUGGUUCACUGCACAUCACAGCUGUACACAAUCCCUGCUGUCGGACCCAUCCCUCCAGCAGCAGAGAAAACCAAUUAAUAGUGAAAACAAGCCGUGUUCGAUUUCUCUCACACACUGUUUGUAUACUCCAUCUCAUUCCUUCUGUAGCUCUGGCUCUGGGCAACAACAUCAAGGAGAGCGUCGUCCUCACGGUUGGUUGUCCUGAGUUGGAAUUGCUCAUCUGUCACAGGCUGUAGAGUUAAUUCCAUACCCACGUCUGGACAUACGUCGCUCAUGAGAUUUGCUGUGAUGUUGCGUAUUUCUGUUGUUAGAAAUCCUCCCAUAGAGCAGCUGAGUGCAUGCUCUACUGUGAAGUGCUGUCCACAGACACAGUGAGAAUGUAGGUUCUGAGGUUGCCAACCAUGUCGGAGACAACUCUAAAGGCUCCCUUGUAAAGCAUGAAACUAUGCUCUGUGAUUGGCAGGGCUAUUACCUAGCUUGAGUGUAUAUACCUUUUCCGAGCAUAUUCCAAUGCUUUUCCUAGUAGUUG